UGAGAUAAGGAUGAGACGGACAAACGGAUUGACGAAGGUGCCUAAGGUAGGGGAUACUCAGUCUGGCGGCCACGUGCUACACGAGCGCACGCCCCGAGCCGGCCGGCGGUCCAGCCAGCCAUCCACGACGCCGUCCUCUUCUUCUUCAUCCCCGUAUCAUCCCGCGCGUUUUCUCCCGUUCCUCCCAACCAUCCCAUCAGUUUAUUCGUCUCUUUUUGUUGAACUUGUGACGGAAAUCGUCGAAAAGUCGCGCGACGUAGUUUCGAGCGCGGGCAAGCACGCGAUCGGUGUGAUUCUCCAGCAUAUGUUCUGAAAGGUCGAAGAGCAGUGAUCCUGAAGAAAGAUACGGAAAAAAAACACUUGGUUUUUGUGACAUCAGUCGGUGAUUUCUGCGUGGUACCUUAUACGCGAUACCUUUGUACCUUGAUCCUUUCCGACAGAUGAUUACGAUUUUUCUCUGUCGGAGGAUAUCUUCCACGCGAGUGUACAUCGGUUUGGUGUAAUGACGUUACCGCGACGAAACGAUCGCGCACCGUUUAAUAAUACGGUGCGUAGAUGAAGAACGUGCGUCAAUGUGUGUUUUCUGUGCUGGAAAAGAGCAAACGACUGAUAAUGCGUAUUGUCGCGGCGGACUGACGCGCUUACAGGCGCGACAGUGUGAAGAAUUGACUGAACGGAGGAUUUAUAUUUGAGUGUGUGCGUUGAGAGAAGAAAAGGAAUAAACGGAAAUAUCGGUGGAAAAUUUUGGACAGUGACAAGCGCGACGAUACGGAAGAAGUGCCAAAAUGUUGGCUCGCCACAACAAACGAGAAGACGGCAGGUCGAGUUAUAGGCCAGGACGGCUGACACCGAGGGAUUAAAGCACGUCGAAUGGAUGUGGGCGAUUUAUCGGGCUCGGCAGGAUUGAUAGGGAGCGGAUCCAUCUCGGUUGCGACGGGUGUUGGUAUUAUCGCCAACACGACAUCCGCCACCCCAGGGUGGUGGACGCCUACGUCGACAAUCACCCCGGCAGCGGCCAACACCGACGUGAUGAAUCAGCUCUGCAGAGUUUGCGGAGAGCCGGCCGCGGGUUUUCACUUCGGGGCCUUCACGUGCGAAGGCUGCAAGUCUUUCUUCGGGCGUACUUAUAACAAUCUGGGCAGCAUAUCUGAAUGCAAGAACGGCGGCGUCUGCGUGAUCAACAAGAAGAAUCGCACCGCCUGCAAGGCGUGUCGCUUGCGGAAGUGCUUGAUGGUGGGCAUGUCUAAGUCCGGCUCACGUUAUGGUCGGCGUUCCAAUUGGUUCAAGAUACACUGCCUGCUGCAGGAGCAGUCUCACCAGGCGCAAAAUCGCCUAAUCAAGGACCCUAAAUCCGCGUACGAGAAGGCUUUUGGUUCGUUGGACGCUGCGAAUAACAACAAUAAUAACACCGAAAACGUAAGUAACACCAGCGCUAGCAGCGUCGUCGGCAUCGUCACCACGGCGACCACUACGGCGAACAGUUACCAUCACCAUCUGCACCAUCAUCAUCAUCCGGAUCGGUUGCCCAAGAGGGAAGAAGGCGCGCUCAGGCCGCCGGAUAUGCCGGUGCAAUUAAGAUCGCCAGAGAUCCCACCUAGGACCAGCCAGGACGCGAUUUUGAGGCCUGGUGAUCUUCCGAGGGUUUCGCACGAAAUGCUCAGGCCUGAAGUCUCGAGGUUUCCCAUGUGGCGGGGCCCGCCGUUGUUCCAUCCGGCUCUCACACACAUGCAGCUGCUUAACACGCCGUUCUUUCCCUUCCAGCAAGCACGCUUCAUGGUACCUUACAUGAAUCAAAUAAGCCCGCCGCAGAUGGUGACCAGUUUAUCGACCUCAUCCAGCGAGAACGUCAGCCCGCGAACAACCCCGUCGCCGACGAAGAGGAACGAGGAAAAUCGAGAAUGUCGCGAGAUCGACCGCGACGCCGGCCAACGAGAUCGAUGUCUGAGGAGAGGAUCGACAGAGAUCGCAUAUGACAAGAGCCUAGCAUUUCUGCGAUCUCUUGGACCGGAGCAGGAAGAGCCGAUGGACCUCAGCAUGAAGGACACGCAGACGGAUGGGCAUGAAAUGGAUGCUGGUAGUAUGGAAGAGGAAGAGGAGGAGAAGUCGAGCGACAGCGAGGACAACGAGCUUCUGCAAGAUACCGGACCGCCUUUGGAUCUCACACGGAAGACAUGACCUCGGAUAUCAGACGGUGCUCAAUAGAUGCUUAAUAGAAAUUUGCGAAGGAUUAUCGUCGGUGUCGCUCGGAGUUCGCGAGGGCGACAUGAAAGAAUAAUGACGCAAUGAUGUUGAUAAAGAAACGGAAAUUCUGGCAAAUCGAAGCUUGCCGGCGAAAGGGAAAAAAAAUAAACGCUUGAAGGAAAAAAUGAAAAUGAGCGGGAAAAUAACGAAGAAGACGAAGAAGACGAAGAAGAAGCUAGAGAAAGGUGAAGUGAGGUGAAGAAGAGAAUGGAGUAGAACGUGCGAGGUGCGGAGGGAGAGUGAGAGAAGGUACAGUUACAUCGUAAUAACGCGGCGAGCGAGAAGCACGGCCAAGUGUCAAAGGUGCCUUGGCACAAGAAACGAGAAGACGAUCCGGGGUGGGGAAGAAGAGUAGCCGAAUACGAUUAGGUUGGAACAACACGAGGGAAAAGCGGGAGAAGGGGAAGAGAGCGCGGUCGGCCUACAUGCCGAUGGACAAGAACAAGAAGUGCCGCGCGUAGCCAUCCGGCAUAAAACGGCUUUAUGAUCGGUGAUCGCCCGAUCGAUGAAAAUUGCUCAAGCCGCUCGGUAUUAGUCCCUUUUGCCCAGCCGUAUACCGGCGACAGGUGCACGUUGACGGAACGAGUCGUCGGCUCGUGACACGUCUUGUGUCAUUGGGGAAACGUACGACGGACGAUUGUGCCUUACAAGCGGUGCCUUCUUUGAAAGUGCGCCGAUACAAACUAUAGUUUAACGUUAAACGCGAUAUAUAACUAUUCGCUGUGUAUAGCGCGACGACACGCUCGGCGAUGGCCAGUGAAUGCUUCGCGCGUGUUAUCGCGCCUAUCAAUCGUUCGGUAAUGUCCGAGGCCCGAACUUUACUGCUCGAUCCGCACACGCGCUCGUUCGCCAAAAUGGAUUCGGCGAAAUGAGUUCGAUGUGAUAAAUCGAACAAGAUUGAUUCGGGCACCGAAUAGAUCGUGAUUCUACGCGUGAAUCUCGAGUACUCUUAACGUAACUUAUAUUUUUCGAGAGUCUCUUUUUUUCGAAUAAACACAAGCGCGGGGAGAGCUAUUCCGAAACUCCUUGAUCGCGCCGAACGUCCGCGGCGAGAUUGCGCUCAAGUACAAAAAAAUAAAAAAAGAAAGAGAUGCAUAUGGAAGAUGUGGCAGCCACGACGCGGGCAUCGUUUAAAUGUCCGAGUCGAGAGUGCGAGGUGAAAUAAAGAAUAUUAUAUACCUGAAUGUAACGCUGUUCAUUAAAUCCCUUCACACAUGCUCAUCGAUCUUCCAUCUUUCACGUGGGUACGUAUACCGUUCCAAACUCGAGAUGGUAUUCGAUUACUUUCGUCUCGCGCGUCUUUCAACGUUUCUCGUCGCGCCGCUACGAAAGCGCGCGUUAUAAUAUUAUUACACAUGCGCGCGUAAACGCGUAUUAUCGUACGUGCAAUGUU